AUGUCUGCCGAAUCGGUCUACCGGAGCGCCGAAAAGAAGGUGAACGGUUUUUUUUUUAAUGACUACGAAGGCGCCCAGGAACUUUUUGACAGGGCCGCGACCCUUUUCAAGCUCGAAAAGAAUUACACCCGAGCCGGCGAGGCUUUUAUGCGCGCCGGGGAUUGUGCGGUAAAGCUUAAAGAUUAUUUUUCUUCCGGAAAGUGCUUUGCCGACUCCGCGAAUGCGUACAAAAAGGUGGACAUGAAAAAGGCGAAUGAAAUGUUGGAUAUCGCGGUGAAGGUCUACAUGGAUGGGAAUCAACUCGACUCCGCCACGCGGUUAAUUCGGGAUUUUGCGGAGACCCUCGCCGAGCAAGGCGCCACGAUGGAGGCGAUUCCGUAUUAUGAAAGGGCGAUGCGCUAUUUCGACGCGGAGGAUCAAAAAGCGCAAUCGCAGAAGUGCAUGAUAGCGAUGGCGGGCAUUUACGGCGAGAACGAUCACUUCGAAGAGGCGCUGCGGUACUAUGAGUGCAUCGCGAACGACAUGGUAUCAGGUCCGAUGAAGUUCAAAUCACGGGAUUACUACGUUCGCGCGGUGCUCUGCCGUUUAGCCCUGGUUUCGAAUGAUAACCGCUUCGAAAAGACCGAGGAGUGCCGGGACGCCCUCGGUCAUUAUCUCAGCAGCGAUAUUUAUCUUAAAAAUAGCCGCGAAUAUGAGUUUUUAGAGCUCCUUUUGGAUGCUGUUUCGGAUUGCGAUGUCGAUAAGUUUUCAACGGCGACGUCGAUGCUCCACGAAAUGCGUCAGCUGGAUGACUGGAAGACGCACGUCCUGUUAGUAAUCAAGCAUAACAUGGAAUCCAUUGCGUAG